ACCAACCGGAGUUCAUUUUCUUGGUUUUCCCCUCACCUCUUUCCCCUUCUUUUCCUUUCUUUGUUCGCUCUUCUGGUCCCCAGUUUUCCCUCACCUUCUUCCCUUCCUCCUUCGUGCUGCUUCGCCUUCUGCUAAAUUUUUUAGGACGCGGAAACGUAAUCCUAAUUCUAGCGCGAUCGAUCCGUUCGAAAGAGAGAGCACGAUCGCCGUUCAAGAAACCGAGUCCUCCCAUUCCCCAAACCCUAACCCCUCAUCGGAGCGACCGAUCCGGCCCUGGACGCCGCCGCCGCCACGAUGGAGGUGAAGCUGUGGAACGACAAGCGGGAGCGCGAGAUGCUCGACAACUUCGCCGAUCUCUACGCCAUCAUCAAGACCGCGGAGAAGCUGGAGAAGGCGUACGUGCGCGACCUCGUCUCCUCCGCCGAGUACGAGGCGGAGUGCCUCAAGCUCAUCGCCCAGUUCAAGACCCUCUCCUCCUCCCUCCGCGAUGCCGUCCCGUCCGUCGAACGCUUCGCCGAUGCCUACAAGAUGGACUGCCCCGCUGCCCUCAACCGCCUCCUCGUCUCCGGCGUCCCCGCCACCGUCGAGCACCGCGCCUCCUCCGCCUCCUCCUCCGCGUCCUCCGCCUCCGCCGUCGCCGAGUGCGUCCAGCACUUCAUCACCGCCAUGGACUCCCUCAAGCUCAACAUGGUCGCCGUCGACCAGGUCCACCCCCUCCUCUCCGACCUCUCCUCCUCCCUCGCCAAGCUCGGCGGCGGGAUCCUGCCCCCUGACUUCGAGGGGAGGGUCAAGGUCAGGGAGUGGCUCGCCAGGCUUGCGAAGAUGGGGGCCGCUGACGAGCUGACGGAGCAGCAGGCGAGGCAGCUCCACUUCGAUCUUGAAUCAUCCUACAACGCAUUCAUGGCCGCCCUUCCCAAUGCCGGGUCCUGAUCGUGACCUUGAUCAGCACCCUCUCCUGAGUUUGUUUUAUUGUUUUUUUCCCUUCCCCCAUCUUGUUACUUGAAUUGGAUGUUCUACUACUAUAUAUUGCGUAGAUAAAGACAGCUUUCAUUCAAUUUAGAUAUGAGACGAUGAUUGUAAAGUUAAAAAUAUCUCACUGUCUUUUGUGGUUUGCUAUACAUGUGCUUGUUGCUUUUAGGCACCACGAUCUUGUGGUUUUGGCACCAUGCUAUAUCAAGGAAAGAAAAAUUGUUUGUCA